CUGACGGUGGAGCAGAAGCGCCGCAUCUGCGAGAAGCACCGCAACACGCCCAAGAUCACGCAGAAGGACCUGUGCCGCUGGGCCAAGCUCGAGUUCAACCUGCAGCGCGCGCCCACGCAGCCCACGAUGAGCAACAUCCUCAAGCACGAGCACCUGUUCAAGGACAACGUGCUGGGCGUGCUGGGCUCGCAGCGCAAGACCAUCCGCCCCACGCGCCACGCGCACUUCGACCAGGUGCUGGCCAACUGGGUCAUGGAGCGCCAGAACAAGGGCAACAUCACGGGCGACAUGAUCAAGACCAAGGGCCGCGAGCUCGUCAAGCAGAUGGGCCUCGAGGGCAAGCUCGGCUUCUCCAACGGCUGGCUCGCCUCCUUCAAGGCGCGCCACGGGCUCAUGAAGCGC